AUGCCGACUAUGGAUCACUCAUCGCUGCCCUCCAUCUGGGGUCGGCAUGAUGCCGAGGACGAAAGCGUUCUCGAAUUUCUCAACCACAUCCCCGACGAGACAGGAGCUUUGAAACGACGCAAACGACUCCCUACCGAUUCACCCAGCCCUCCAGGGUUCACGAAAUCCAAUGGUCGCUGGCUUGACCCUCUAAAAGAAAAUUUAGACGACUUGCUCAAUCGAUUACCUAGUGAUGCGCCCCUGCACACACGGCGGGGGACCACCAUGGAGCCGCAUGAGAAGCAAAAUGUGACACCACUUUUGAACUUACCUGCAGAGCUCCUGCAUGCAGUGCUGUCUUACCUUGCCCCGUUCGAUCUACUGAACGUCACAGCAACUUGCCGGACCCUCCGCGAAUAUGCCGUGUCCGAGCUACACUGGCACCGCUGCAUCCAGCGUAACGUACCAGGCGUCUGGCUCUCGACACCCGGCCCAUGCAAAACCUAUCGCGAAUUAUACUCUGCACUCGACCGACUAUGGUUUCUACCGCGAUACAAAAUAUGGUUCAGCGACCGCGACCUCAUGGGCAAGCUUAUCCUCGCUCGAUACGAUCAACGCAGGGGCUGCAUUGAAGCGUUUCAGCUUCUCGCCGUCAGUCGCAGAGACUCCUACGAUCAUUGGCCCGCAGACAAGGAAGUGAUUAUCCAUGGAUUUGAGCCAAAGGUCAACCUACAUCUUGACAAACCAGUUCUCCAGUUCAAAGUGCACAAGGAAGGCAAAGCAGAACGACAAUUUCGCAGUCGCCCCGGCGCUAACCGAUUUGCCGACGAGAUGCCUAUGACGUUGGACGACCGUCUGGCGGGCAUGUACAGCAACUUUAUGCUGACGCGACCACUUGAUCCGGAAGAGGCGGACAAGAGCCUCUCCAGCGAAUACCCUUACCACCACAUCUGGCCGCCACCAGCCAUCCCGGCUCGACACCAUGUCGCCGGCAUUGAAUCCGGCCAAGCCGUUGUGCAGACAUCCACUUAUGACAGGCCCAGACGCCGCUGCGAAGUGUCAGAUCAGACCUUCCGAAUUCGGCAAUGGAUGGAGCUCAGCGGAGCACCGCCGCCGCCGCUGCCCUGGGCUGCUGCACCUUUACCUAACAGCAACGGCGCUGAGGCUCCCAUUGGAGUGCAUAUCGGUGAGGAAAUCGUUACAUACUCCACCUUAGAUCCCACGCUAUACACACCGACGGCUACGAAACCGUGGCGUGGGAUCUGGGUUGGCGACUACAGUGGCCACGGCUGCGAAUUUCUAUUGGUGAACCAGCCGGACGAUCCUCCAGCCACCGAUCUUGACCUUGGCCUGGAGCGACGUGACACUGAGACUGAAGAUGAGUGGCAAAAGAGGAGACUGAACGCCCGGGUCUACAGAGGUCGACUAGAGGCGAUCAAGCUGACAGGCGACCCAAAUAUACCUCGCGGCGAAUAUACAUUUGUGGCUGAUGACCUUGGCCCUGCCGGCUAUGUGGGCGAUGCCCAGGACGAGUUGUUUGCUGGAGCUCGCAUAGUGAGAAGUAAAGGGCAUGUGGCUGCAGCCGGGUUCCAUCGGGACAAGUUUAUUGAAAGCCAGCUUAUACUAUUAUCUCCUAACCGGCUGGCGCAGUACUGGGUUGGGUUUGGACACAUAAGCUUUUUCGAACGUGUACAUAUUGACGAAUUAAUCAAGACAUGA